UUCAACAUGGCAAUCUGUUGGGGGACAUUGAAAGCACGAUACAGGAGGACCCUUUCCUGCAUAUGUGUCAUGGCUAUCUUUGUCUACAUUGCGACACGUGUUAGGAGCUACAACAAGCACACCGCCGCAGUAGGGUCAAUAAAACUGGAAUUCGCGAGAAACAAAAUUGUAUCUAAAACAUCUACCACCACGACCGGAAAACCAACUAUGACAAUGAGCGUCGUGCCUAAGAACGAGACCAAUAAGUUGAUUCAUGACAACGAACUAGUCAAGAACCCGAACAUGAUUCUGAUCAAAGAAAAUUCGAAAAAAAGGCAGCUUGUUCCCAAGAAGAAACGCUGUAAGGAAAUCCAUGACCGCACACAAGCCAUGACAUUGUUUUCAGAUACUAUAAAGCCGAGUGAAAAGGAACAACUUCGGUCUUUGAUGAAAGUGUUUAGCGAGGCAGUCACAUCCAAGGUGUCGUAUCUGAUGUAUGGAUAUACGCUGCGUGGUUCAUAUUUCCAUCACGACAUGGUGCCCUGGGAUGACGAUAUAGAUCUUGUUGUUAAAAAAGGCGACAAACAAAUAUUGAAGACUUUACUGCUUAACACUACGUACACCUUUCAUACAAGGGAGACCAUUUGGAAAUUUUACAAUAAAUCGUCAAUCCCGACAUCUAGUGCUCCAUGGAGGUGGCCUUUCCUGGAUAUAUUCUUUUACUCUCUCAACUUGACUCAUUUUAUUAAACUGGGUAACGGAAACACCACUUACAAACGUCAUGAUAUUUUCCCAUUGGUUGAGAGACCUUUCAUGGGAAUGAUGUUACCCGCACCCAGAAACGUCGAGAAAGUUCUUAGCAGGAAACAUGACCUAAGUAUUUGUAAGAAGAUCUGUUAUAAUCACAAGACAGGGCGUACAAGGGAUGAAAUCCCAGUUUUACCAUGUGAAUUUCUAACGAGCACGUUUCAAUUUGUACGUAGAGAAUAACAGGACAGUGGAAAUACUAGACAUACCGUGAUCAAUGAUGAAGAUGGAUGAGGAUAAUAAAGGCAAAGCGGCUGAGUGUUUCUACUGUUGAUGUUGUAUACUCUGUAAUGAGGCCACCGGCCCAUUAUACAAGUAUAUACACACUCACUUUCUUCGAGGCCCAUGUGUGUGAUUGGUUACAACGCUGGCAGGUGCACGUGUAUGGGGAGUGACACAAGAGGAAGAGUCCAAGAGAAGGCAGAAAAUAACCCACUAGCCAGUGUC